AUGGCUGGCGGUUUCCUUGCGUACCACGAACCUAGUAUCGUCGAGAUCCUCAUUAUUAUAUCGUUCUUUUUUUUCUUAUCUCUGGCUGAAUAUGUCUCUGCUAAGAUCAUUCGGGCCGGGAUUAUUGGCCAAAUAGCUGUUGGCAUUAUCUAUGGAAAACCUUUAGCAGAUAUCCUAGAAAUGCCCUGGCAGGAAACUUUCCUCGCUGUUGGUUAUGUUGGUUUAAUCCUGAUCAUAUUCGAGGGCGGUCUCACUGUUCGACUUGAUCUGAUGAAACAAAACUUCCUUGUCAGUUGUCUAGGAGCUGCAACAGGCGUUUGUUUCCCAAUCGGGCUUUCCUAUCUAUUACUUUAUCUGGGAUACGGCUACGGCGCGGUGGAGACAUUCAUUAUUGGAGCCGCAUUAUCUGCGACGUCUCUGGGAACAACUUUCGCGGUCAUUUCUUCGGCUGCCAAGUCCAUAGAUCUUUCUCAGACGAGGGUUGGCUCAAUCCUUGUCAGCGCUGCUGUGAUUGAUGACGUCGUGGGUCUUGUUCUAUCCAGCAUUAUCAGCCAAUUGCGUGAGCUCUCCGGUCCUAGGGCCGGCGAUGUCAAUCUUGGCUGGAUCAUUGGCCGCCCCAUCGUGGCUUCUUUUGCCAUGGCCAUUCUCACUCCCAUCCUCACUAAAUGGUUCUUUGCGCCGGUGUUUCGACGAUGGAUUGAGCAUUCUUUUGCAAAAUACGACCACGUCUCUAAUAUCACCCUAAUGGUCUUGGUACUGUCCGCUUUCAUCAGUAUCGCUGCGUACGCGGGCACCUCAGUCUUAUUCGGGGCUUUUCUUGCUGGUACAUUCCUUACCUACUUGCCUAGCAAGCACCCCGAAGGCCCUUUUGUUGUUCUGAAUCGUGAAGAGGGGGAACGUGAAGCCGACAAAAGCCCUACAUUCGUCCAUACCUUCGAGUGUUAUCUGCUGGAUGUUCAAAAAUACCUCAUGGAGCCUUUGUUCUUUGCUAGUGUUGGAUUUGCAAUUCCAUUUGUUUCGCUAUGGACAGGUGAAAGAAUAUGGAAAGGCAUCCUAUACACGCUUCUUAUGAUGUUUGCCAAGUUUGUAGUUGGCGCUUGGGUUCCGCUGUGGAAGUUCCUCACGUCCUCAAAGACGAAGCAAGGUUCUAAAGAGAAAGUCCCAUUUCGUGAGCAAACAGCUACCCCUGUUCAACCCAAAAAGAGCACAAGGGGCUACGGUGCCGCAUCUCUGGCUGGAUUGCUUCUUGGUUCAGCAAUGGUGGCACGUGGAGAGAUUGGCCUUUUGAUUAUUGAGAUUGGCUACAACGAAACACCAUAUGUGACCGAGGAGGGCUUUAUUACUGCCAUUUGGGCUAUCCUGCUUAACACCAUCGUGGGACCCAUCGUGGUGGGUUGUCUUGUCAACGUUUAUGGCAAGAACAUUGGCGAGGGUGAAUGGGGAUUACAGCGGAUAGAAACCACACAAACAGAGGAGCAUCUGGUAUGA